CGAACAGCUGUUUAUACAAAUUUGUUGUACAAUUGUAAAGCGAACUUUUAUUUAUUUUACAAAUUUGGUGUAAAAAAAUGGAUGAAAGCAGACUGAGUGGAGAGGAAGAAGUUCCACGGAGACAGCUACACGUCUUUGGCCGUGACGUUUCGCAGAUUCCCUGCUUUCGUAACAGCUUUCUAUACGGGAUUGGUGGAGGAGUAGCGAUAGGCGUAGCGACAUUCCUUGGCACGUCCCGCACUCGACUUUCGACGCAUGUUGGUUUUGGCUGCUUUUUUACUGGCACACUUACCUAUUGGCUGGUUUGCAGGUAUCAAUGGUCAAAAAAGCGCUUUGAGUAUCAACAAUUACAGGAAGCUAUGCGCAAGCAGAGUAUAUACGAGGGCACCGACCUUGAGCGACAAAUAUUGGAAGAUGCCUAAGUUUUACGUUUAGCUAUAUUGGUCUUGACUCUAGAAAGCUAUGCUGGGCUAUCGCUGAAUACAUCGUAGUCCGAUUUUCGCGAAAUAUACAAAAAUGCGAUCACAGUCCGAAAUCCUACGAACGUAGCAUUCAAAUUAUUUGCUACGUUCGUAGUACUCGCGUUCAGUGAUAACAUUUUCGUAGAUUUCAUGAAAAAUCGGACUACGAUGGAUCCAGUGAUUGCCCUGACUAUGUGCAAAUAUGUAUACGUACAUUCAUAUACAUACAUAUAAUAUUUAAGAAAAUUGUUGUUUAUUGUUCGUGCCUACACUGUACAUACGGCUUGUGAUUAAGCCCCAUUAAAAAUUUAGUUUU